GAAUUGGAGAGGCAGCGCAGGCCAGGUUAGGCUUGGCGCCGUGUUUGUCGCGUUUGCGGCCUUCACUUUUGAACGAGAAGCGUGUUGGUUUCGAUACGUCUCCUCAAUUUGACUGACGGAACCUUUCGGAGUGAUUGAUGCUUACCUGAGUCUCUUUGUUGUUUGGGGAGUCUGCAGGCGCCAUGGCGACAGCCUUGACAUCGAGAGACGAGCCCAAAGCGGCCGAAUAUGCUGGAGAUGAAGUUUCUGCGCUGGUGCUCGACCCUGGCUUUUCCAGUGUGCGCGCCGGCUUUGCAGGAGAAGACACACCCAAAUCGAUAGUCCCUACAUUCUACGCAUCUACCGGAUCGCAACGCUUAUUCGGGGACCAUGUCAUCGAUGUGCCGCGGGAAGGAGUUGAGAUUAAGAAUCCUAUGAACAAAGAUGGCAUAGUGGAGGACUGGGAUGCGGCGGAGGCGCUGUGGAAAUUCUCAUUCGCACACAAACUCACAGGCGUCCGACCGAAUCGCGCUCUACAAGAGUGGCUCAACGAGCCGAAAUCGGUGCCAGAUCUACAAAAAGCCAUGGCCGAUGCCGUGGACACGGAACGAUGUCUGGAGGACCACCCCUUGUUCAUGACGGAGCCGUCGUGGAACUCAGCUAAGGCUCGGGAAAAGUGUGCGGAAAUCGCGCUCGAAUCGUGGGCCGCGCCAGCGUUCUAUCUGGGCCGAACGGGCGUGAUGGGCGCUUUCGCUGCGGGCAAACCUACGGCGCUGGUGAUGGAUUUUGGAGCCACGCAGGUCUCUGUGACGCCGGUGCACGACGGGAUGAUUUUGAAAAAGGGCGUAACGAGGGCGAAUAUUGGUGGAAACUACUUGUCGAGCCAGGUGCGGAGUAUGCUUGCGAGCAACGAGUCUGGAGCCAUCAAUAUCACGCCACAUUACCUUGUGCAAGCGAAGCAGCCGGUCGACGCGGGACAGUCGGCGAAUGCGAUCUUGAAGACGUUUCCCGAGGGGUUCAAGGCGCCAGAUGCGAGCUUUCGACGAUACCAGGAGGCGAAAGUGGUGCUGGAGUUCAAAGAGAUUGCGCUGCAGGCAUGGACGAACCCAAAUACCCCAUUUCGAGGACAAGGAGAAGCACUGGCGCGGGAGCAACAGUUUGCGCAACCGUUUGAGUUCCCGGACGGAUAUAAUCAGACGUUCUCUGCGGAGCGGUUUAGGGUCGUGGAGAGCAUGUUCGACGGGCAGUGUUAUUACGAUGGCGGAGACGACACGUACCCGGCGCCGGAUGCUCAGCAGACGGUUCCCGGAUUGGUCAAGGCGUCGUUGAGUCAGGUGGAUGUUGAUAUUCGACCGUUUUUGCUGGGAAAUGUGGUGAUUACGGGGUCAGGGUCACUGAUUCGUGGACUGCCGGAGCGGAUACAACAGGAACUCAGCAAGAUGUAUCCGAGUGCGCGGGUGAGGAUUCAAGCUUCGGGCAUGCCGGUGGAACGGAAGUUUGGGAGCUGGAUUGGAGGGAGCAUCGUGGCCAGUCUGGGGACGUUUCACCAGAUGUGGAUAUCGAAGAAGGAGUACGAAGAGCAUGGGCCGAGCAUUGUUGAGAAGCGGUGCAAGUGAACGGAACUCAUGGGUUGGGCGUGUGGUGUUUUUGUUUUUGGUACGGCGGGUAGCAUUAAAGGGUAAACUGCAUGGCGGGAUCACAAAACAAGGCUGCUCACGUCGAAGAUCAAGAAUGCGAUCAUUUCUGGGGUCUGGGGUGAUCUACUACUGUAUGGCAUCCGUGGUAUUGCCUGGGAACCAGACACAGGGUCUGAAAAACGGAGAGAAUGCAAUGCAUACCGAAGAUACAGGUCCGGUGGCCUUGCAUUAGACUAGGGAUCACAGCACAUCGUAUUCUAUUGUCCCUUGUAACAUUUAUGAGGGGAUUGUGGGCAGCGGUGAGAAAGACAUGGACAUGGAUACGCGUAACAUCGUUAGUUAUCGAUCAUCGACAUGGAUGCGCAUUGGAGUGUGGUGGAAGAGGGAAUCCAUUGGCCGACGGUAACAUGCAAGUAGCAUGGGCAGUGCAUGAGUUUACCAACACC